UGUUGACUUGCUGUCAAAAAAUCGCAUAGCCUUUGUUUUGUUUGGUUGGUGUAAGGACGAUAAUAAUAAAAUAUCUGGGAUAAGAGGCACUGAAAUGUAUUGUUAGAAUGCGGUGAGAGUACUCGCUACCAUUGUUUAUUCGUUUUUUUAUAUUAAGUGUGUACUUUAUUUGUUUGUAAAGAUAUAACACAUAACCUCAAAGUGCGUACGUAGAUCUCGAAAAAAUGUUCUCUAUUUGUCGGCAAACUCACCCUGCAACGGGCAUUGAACAUGCCGUAAGCUGCUAUUUCUUCAAUAAUGACGACGUUUGCCUGGUUACUGCUGGAGCCAAUAUUAUCAAGGUUUUCCGAUUAUUACCAGAAGGCCAUACCAAAGAAGUCAAUGCUGCUGGGCAACCUAUACCUCCUAAGAUGAAGUUAGAAUGUUUGGCAUCUUAUACUCUUUGGGGAAAUGUGAUGUCCAUGGCAUCUGUCAGGUGUUCCAGUGCUGGAAGAGAUCUGCUAUUAGUGUCGUUUAGAGAAGCUAAACUAUCAGUGUUACAGUAUGAUCCGCAGACUAACAACUUGAUAACACUCAGCAUGCAUUACUUUGAAGAAGAUGACAUGAAGGGAGGUUGGACGACUCAUCCCCAUAUUCCAUGGAUUCGGGUUGAUCCUGAGUGUCGGUGUGCCGUAAUGCUGCUUUAUGGGAAGAAACUGGCUGUGCUGCCUUUCAGAAAAGAUAUUACUUCUGAAGAGAGUGAUCCUCUAGAGGCAAAGCCAUUUGGAGAUUUCAAGAAGAAUGCACCUGCACAACCUAUAGCGCGAGCCCCUACUCUAGCCUCAUAUGUGAUAGUUCUAAAGGAGCUUGAUGAAAAGAUAGACAACAUAUUGGACAUACAGUUUUUGCAUGGUUACUACGAACCCACACUGCUGUUGUUGUAUGAACCGGUUAGGACUUUUGCCGGCCGAACUGCUGUACGAAACGACACUUGUGCGAUGGCCGGAGUCAGUUUAAACAUGAGUGCAAGAGUUCACCCUGUUAUCUGGUCUACGGGGGGAUUGCCCUUUGAUUGUUUGCAAGCGGUACCCGUACAGAAACCACUCGGCGGUUGUUUAAUAAUGGCGGUGAACUCUCUCAUUUACCUGAACCAGUCGGUGCCUCCGUACGGAGUGUCCUUGAACAGUGUAGCAACACAUACAACAAACUUCCCGCUCAGGAUACAGGAGGGCGUGUGCAUCACAUUGGACGGGUCGUGCGUGGCCGCAUUGGGCGCGGGUAGAUUCGCGUUAUCGUUGAAGGGGGGGCAGCUCUACGUACUCACUUUACUCUCCGACUCAGUGAGAAGCGUUCGGAGCUUUCAUCUGGACAGAGCUGCUGCCUCCGUGCUUACUACGACGAUGUGCGUAAUAGAAGAAGACUUCCUAUUCCUCGGCUCUCGUCUCGGCAACUCGCUCCUACUCAGAGUGACGGAAAGAGAGAACCGAAUGUUGUUCUCUGUGGAAAAACCUUUGGAAGCGACUGUGGACCUCACUGUGUCAGAUGCUGAGAGAGAUAAAGAGAAAGAGAAAGAGAAAGAGAAAGAUGCAUCAGCAAACAAAGAGGUCCAACAGAAAGAAGAUCCGGCUGCCAAGAAACGUCGAAUGGACACAAUAAGCGAUUGCGUCGCCUCCGACGUCAUAGAGAUCAGCGAUAAGGACGAACUGGAGGUCUAUGGAUCGGAUAUAAGGACGUCUACGCAGCUCACCAGUUACGUUUUUGAGGUGUGUGAUUCGUUACUAAACAUAUGUCCCAUCGGCGACGUAUCAAUGGGAGAGCCUCAGCUUCAGGCCGGGGGUCGAGAUCCCAGUGAACAUAUGGAAUUAGUGGCGUGCAGUGGUCGAGGCAAAAAUGGGGCACUUUGUGUUCUGCAACGAGCUUUGAGGCCGCAUACAUUGACCGCCUUCAGUUUGCCGGGCUGUAUAGACAUGUGGACGGUGAUGGGAGACCCGGGCUCCACGGAAGCCCCCAGGGAAGCUCACAAAGAUGCGGAUGGAAGUCACGCCUACCUUAUUCUAACGCAAGAGGAUUCUAGUAUGAUCCUUCAAACGGGCGAGGAGAUCAACGAGGUGGACAGCUCAGGGUUCAUGACUGGGGCCUCCACUGUUCUAGCUGCUAAUCUCGGGAACAACAAGUAUAUGGUGCAAGUCACUACUACUGCUAUCAGAUUACUUACUAACGGCGUUCAAAUUCAAUCGAUGCAGCUGGAAUGGACAGCUGCAUCUGCUGCAGUGGCGGAUCCGUAUCUCUGCGUCGUGUCCGUUUGUGGGAGAGCUCUGGUACUAGCUCUGAGGGAGUUCAGAGGGAAAGAUGGCGCGCUGACGGCCCGCUUGGCGCCGACCCGCCAGGCCGUGCCCCAGCGGCCGGCCCUGGCCCGCGCCGUGCCCUACCGCGACCUCAGUGGGCUACUGGCCCCACCAGACCCCACGCCUACACAGGUGAAAGGUGAGUUUCAAGGCAAGACUAAGAACGUGAAAGCAGAGGGCUUAAAACCAGGCGCCAUUUACGAAUUAAACGAUGACGAUGAACUUCUGUACGGAGGAGACCAAACACCCGCGUCCAUGGCUAGUAUAAUGUUAGCGGAACAAUCAAAGAACCCGGGGGUUCCCCGCCGCAUGUCUCGAUGGUGGCGCCGCCAUUUAGUUGAAGUAAAGCCUACAUACUGGUUGUUUGUGGUCAGAACCAAUGGGAACCUAGAGUUGUAUUCUCUACCAGAGAUGAGGCUGAGUUUCCUGGUGAGAGACGCUUGCGGUGGACAUAGGGUACUAGCUGACAGUCUGGAAUCAGUACCGAACAUCACACAGGCUGCCGAAAGCGAAGACAUGAAUACUUCAGCCGUGAACCCUGAUGCUGACAGACUGAAGGAGUUGUUGGUUGUUGGUUUGGGAAAUAAGGGCUCCAGGGUUCUGAUGCUGAUGAGGUUCGACGACCAGAUUAUGUUCUAUCAGGCAUACAAAUACCCCCGGGGCAAUCUCAAAAUGCGGUUCUCCCGUCUCCCUCUAACGUUCGCGUUUGGAUAUUUAGGCGGCGUAGUGGGAGGUGCCGAUGACAGCUACGAAGCCAUCACGCUGAGGGAAAACGUGCGGCAGAUGAGAUAUUUCGGUAACGUGGGCGGGUAUAACGGAGUGUUUAUAUGCGGCCGCACUCCGCACGUGUUCCUGCUGACGUCCCGCGGGGAGCCCCGCCUGCACCCCCUGGCGGCGCCCCACGCCCCGGCCGCUGCAUUCGCGCCCUUCAACAAUACCAAUUGCCCGCAUGGAUUCUUGUAUUUCACUGAUAAGUCUGAGCUCCGUAUUUGCGCUCUCCCGACGCACCUGUCGUACGACGCGUCGUGGCCGGUGCGCAAGGUGCCCAUACGGAUGAGCCCGCACGCCGUCACCUUCCACCUGGAGUCCAAGACUUACUGCCUCGUGGCCUCCGUGUCCACGCCGACCACUUCCUACUACAAGUUCAAUGGAGAAGAUAAGGAGAAGUCCACGGAGAAUAAGGGUGAUAGAUUUCCGUACCCCACGCAGGAGAGAUUCUCUGUUAUGCUGUUCUCCCCCGUCUCUUGGGAGAUCAUACCAAAUACCAGGAUAGAGCUGGAUGACUGGGAACACGUGACUUGUCUGAAGAACGUCUCGCUGUCUUACGAAGGCACCAGAUCCGGUCUUCGCGGCUACAUAGCGAUAGGUACGAAUUACAAUUACAGCGAAGACAUCACUUCUAGAGGCAGGAUAAUAAUCUACGACAUAAUAGAUGUUGUACCCGAACCGGGUCAACCUCUCACAAAGAAUAGGUUUAAGGAACUAUACGCUAAAGAACAGAAGGGCCCCGUUACUGCACUCACUCAAGUGUUGGGGUAUUUGAUAUCAGCCGUGGGACAGAAGAUCUACAUAUGGCAACUCAAAGACAACGACCUAGUAGGCGUAGCGUUCAUAGACACACAGAUCUACGUACACCGAAUGUUGGCCGUUAAGAACCUCAUAUUGGUAGCGGAUGUGUACAAAUCUGUGUCUUUGCUACGAUACCAGGCCCAGCAUCGAACCUUGGCCCUUGUGUCAAGGGAUUUACGGACUGCACAGAUAUACGAUAUGGAGUUUAUGGUGGACAAUACGAGUCUUGGGUUCCUCGUGAGCGAAUCUGAUGGCAACCUAGCGUUGUUUAUGUACCAGCCUCACGCGCGAGAGAGUUAUGGAGGUCAGCGUUUAAUCAAGAAGUGCGAUUACCACUUGGGUCAGCAAGUCCACGCCAUGUUCCGCGUCUGCGCUCAACCUGACGAUAACGCGGCCGCCGGGCCCAAGCACGUCACCAUGCUCACGACUCUGGACGGCGGCAUCGGCUACGUUCUCCCCGUUAGCGAGAAAAUGUAUCGUCGUCUACUGAUGCUGCAAAACGUGAUGAACAAUUACUGUUGCCACAUAGCCGGCCUCAACCCGAGGGCUUUCAGGACAUACAAGACGUCCCACAAGCAGGUAGGCGGGGGACCAGCUCGAGGCAUCCUGGACGGUGACCUGGUCUCCUUAUACUCCACGAUGCCGAACGCAGAGAAACAAGACAUCGCGAAGAAGAUUGGCACUAAAGUGGAGGAGAUAGCUGCAGACCUCUACGAGAUCGAUAGACUGACCGCUCACUUCUAGUUUAGUAGUGAAACACUUAAGUUUUGUAAAUAUAAUACUAUUGAAUAAAAUAAAAUUGUAUUAUUUGAAAAUGU